CCUGUAGAGUUCUCAUAGCGAGUGUUUCCGCUCACCUAAAAUAAAGGCGAGUCGAGAGGGCGAAGAGAGACGGAAGCAGGCCAGCGGAGCUAAACGACGAAAAUAUAACAUUUUAAUCCAUUUUCCACAUUUUUAGUUUGGGUGUCGCCACUUAUACAACGGUUAAUGUGUCGAAAGUGAACUGGACAGAGGAGGGCUCGCUGCUGGUAACCUUUACGUUGGUUUGGCCGUAGUUGACUCUCCCUGGCUGUCGGAGGAAAAGAUGUGCGAUGGAAUGGUAGCGUUUCUGACGAGAGCCCUGUCCUCCUCCUCUUCCUCUGCCUCCUUGUCAGUAGCCCAUAGACUGGCUGCCUCCGUGCUACUCCUUCUCUUCAUCCUGCUCCCCCAUGGUCACGCAUCAGGUUGUGCGCAGCCACCCGGCGUGCAGCACGGAGACCUGCUGAACCAGACCGAAUCCAACCGGGGCUCCUUUCCCCCUGGAUCUCUACUAACAUAUGCCUGUAAGCCAGGAUACACAGCAGAUGGGACAACCACCAUCAUCUGUACCAGUUCUGGAGAAUGGUCCCAUAAACCUCCUAACUGUAUCAAAAGCAAUGUCUGUCCGCCACCUACCGAACCAGAGAAUGGAGGAUAUCGCUGUCGUCCGCCUUCCUGCAUUACUCUCACCCAGAAUACUGUCAUUGAGUACUUCUGUGAUGAGGGUUAUGUUCUGAAGGGGGACUACAAGUACCUCACCUGUCUGAACGGAGAGUGGGACCGUCCCUUGCAGAUUAGUUGCAGACUUGCACAAGAUAAGGAGCCAAGCUCCCCGCCGGGUAUUCCAGCUAUCUAUAUUGUUGGGACCACAGCUAGCUCUGUGAUUCUCAUCCUGCUUUUAGUGGUACUGUUUGUUCUUGUACAGCCAAAGCUCAAGUCCUUCCAUCACAAUAGGAGAGAGCAGGGAGUCUCCGGCCAGUCGUGCUCCAUCAUGGUGGAGGGCGUCCAGGUGACACUGCCCUCCUAUGAAGAAGCUGUGUAUGGAAAUGGUGGACCCUGCAGUGCAUCCGGUCCUCCUCCACCACCAUCACCACCCCCACCUGCAGCUCCUCCAGAGUCUCGAGUUCCAAUCGUGCUCUCUGAGGAGCUUCCUCAGGGAGCCACAGGAGGCCAAGGCUCCAGCAGAACCCGCCACCAUAGAGACUUAGACUUCUGUCUCCCAUCCACCUCCUCCACAUCAUCAUCCUUUUCCUCCCGCCGUCAUGCAGAGACGGUGCUGGUUCAUCAGGCACCAUCUUCCGCUUCAUCAUCAUGGGCUAGAGAGCACCCUGGGGGUGCAUGUGCAGGUCCCCUACCACUCCGUAGAGACUCUGAGAGCAGCGACCAGCACAGUCUGCUUUCUGUCACCUCCACAGAUGAAUUUUCUGAUGAUAUCCCCUUGCUGAAGGAAGCAUGAAGCCUGCUGGCCCGCUAUCAGUAGCAGCACCUCUCUCUCCAUCUCUGGCUGCUGGCCUGAACUGAUUGAAGCUGUUAGCCCGCUUCCCCUGACUCUCCCUCACCCCCCAAGCAGCCAGCAGAGAAAAGACUAGAACAAUGCCUAUUCCCCAUUGCAACCUUUCUGCCAUUGCCCAUGCAGAUCAAAGCCAACAACCAAUACCAAUACUGCAACAUAAGCAAUGAUGGAGCACCACAGGACCCAGCGACUGGAUGAAACCGAAAACAAGCCAGACAAACAAAGUGGUGCCAGCUCAACGUAAAUCCUGUAAAUCCUGUGAAUAUUACAUACUUAUUAAAUCAAGGUUGUGCACUAUAGGCUGCGUAUUACCAUGCACUUGCCUCAGUGCCAAUGUAGUUAUCUAUAUUAACACUUCAUAUAGGCUUCCUCUGUGAAGACUAUAAAACACAACAGCUUUGUAUGGGGUCACUGCGGAUACAAAAAAAAAAAAAAGAAGAAAAGUUACUUGUGAUUUUUGACUCUGAUCCUGUGGCACUCAGAAUCAGAAUAGUCUUCCCGCUGUACUUGAAAAGUUGUGAGUCAUGCCUGAGUUUUUGCAGCCCUCUUUGCAAAUGCUGCAUGUUUUCGGUUAUAGCUGUCACAGCACGGUGGGCCGUUCUGAACGAAGCAUGAAGCCCCCUCUUGUCUCUCUAGCUCUGUGUAUUCUGUCAGUGUCUAGAAUAUGGAUUAGAAAUCGACAGCCCCUUCACAAAAGCUAGAAUCAGGGUGCAGGGUUUUCCCUAGCACUAAAUUGCUUCUUCCUUUUCUGUAACCAAAUGCACAUGAUAUCAACAGAGAAGAUGCUCCAUCUGUCACAUGAGAUGGGAUUAAUUUGCGUUUUGGCUCUAUGACUGCUACACAUCUUCAGCUUUAUUGGAAGAGCGAAACAUCAUGUGACGUUUUCUCAGAGCUGAAGAGAUCUGUUUUUGGAUAUAGUAAUUGGGCACAUGACUAUACUGAAAGGCUUUUUUUCUAUUUUUUAUUUUCCCAAUGUAUUUGUUGUUUGUGUGUGGCUGUUAGCUUUGAGUUGCUGAACCUGAGUGCAUGUGUGUGUGUGUUUUUAUGGCAGGAGAGGACUUGUCCUCUUACGGUAAGCCUUGAUAUAACCAUUUCCUGGUUUGCCCGCCUUUGGUUUAGAGGCGGGCCUUACAGCGUCCCUAUCUUUUACCAUAUUAAACUAUUCCUCCCAGCAUUAAAUAAGUCACAAGAACAAACCAGCAUCACUUAAAUCAUUGACUUUGACACACAAUAUAUAUAUUAUUCAUCUGCUCUCAAGCUAGAAUACUUAUCAUUUCUUGCUGAAUGGCUGUGAAACACUAGUCUCCUUAAAGGAACUGGUCCAUACCCAUUUUCACACUAAACCGAAAACUCCACUGUUGUGCAUCGUGGACACAAACUGCAACUGGUUGCAGUAAAAUGAGAAAAGCUUUGUUAUAUAGUACCCAAUCCCCUUCACAUAUACACACCCCCCUCCUUUAAUGCCAAGUGCAAAUUUAAGAGAGAAUUGUGUGAUUCUGUUAAAAGUCAUCUUCUGUUUUCAUUGCCUCUUCAAAAGCUUUGGUAGUUGAGCUGGUCACCGUGGAAACAGCAUGACUCAGAUGGAUCUGUGGAAUUACAUUUUAAGCUUAACUGCUUUAAGGAGAGAAAACAACACGUCUGAUUUUUUUUUUCUCGGUUUUAUUCGGCUACAAUAUUAUUAAUGCAAACAAAAUGUUGCCUUAGACCUGUACAUUUUUUUCUUUUUUUUUUUUUUUUAAUGUGUAAUCAUAAGUCUCCAAAUUGGUUGCUUUACAGUAUUGCAACAUGUUGUUUUCCUGAUGGCCUUACUCUAUUCUUUUCUAUUCUAUGCAUAAAAUUGUCUUUGUGUAUUUAUCAAUGAGUUUACUUUUGUUGUGGGCACGACUAAACGAAUGUCCAUCAUUCUCUGUUCUCCCCUAGCUUUUUCAGCUACUGUGAUAAUAAUGAUGGUGAAGAUGUUGAACGUGUAAGCACCUAUAUUUCAGUUUUCCUCAGCUCUCUUUUGCUACAAGGCAUUACAUCACAACAGGAUGAAAAAGAAAAAGAAAAUGACUUUAAUAAGCACUGUUGUACGGUGUUGAUUUCCUGAAUAUAACAGGUUAAAAAGUACACAUUUUGAUUCUUACUUUCAACGCUUUAAGCUUUGGUUUUUCCUCUGUACAUGGCAGUGGGUGUGAAGAUAGUAAUUUAAUAUUUGUAUAAAGUUUAAUUUAAUUUUACAGUGUGUAUAUAACUUUCUAAUUAAAGCUUUCUUUUAAAUGUU